AUGUCUGGACGAGGAAAACAAGGCGGUAAGGCUCGCGCUAAGGCAAAAACUCGUUCUUCUAGAGCCGGUCUCCAGUUUCCAGUAGGCCGCGUUCACCGUCUGCUUCGUAAAGGAAACUACUCCGAGCGGGUGGGCGCUGGCGCUCCGGUCUACUUAGCCGCGGUGCUGGAGUACCUGACAGCUGAGAUCUUGGAGCUGGCGGGCAACGCAGCCCGUGACAACAAGAAGACCCGCAUCAUCCCGCGCCAUCUACAGCUGGCCAUCCGCAACGACGAGGAGCUCAACAAGCUGCUGGGCCGCGUCACCAUCGCACAGGGUGGCGUCUUGCCCAACAUCCAGGCCGUGCUGCUGCCCAAGAAGACCGAGAGCCACCACAAGGCCAAGGGCAAGUGA